AUUUGGCGCCCCGCGUGGGCCUCCGGCUUUGACAUUGAUGCUUACAAAGACGGAGUUUUGCGCUCAAAGAAAAAUAUCGAACACGCCGUUCACACACCAAACCCUUUCCCAGAGUCCCCACAUGGCUUCUGCUUCGUUUCCUCGUUUCCCAUAUCUAAUUGACACUGCUCCAUUUCAUAGCUCCUCAACCUCAUGAAAUGGUCUCCAGUCACGUCUCUCCGACGCUCAGCGUUUUGUUUCUUUUUCACUCGUUAUUGUUUCAGUUACUAUAUUUCGUCGGAGCCGUCACGGACACCAUUUCUCAGGGCCAAUCCCUCAACGUCUCUGGGACCAUUGUAUCCUCCGGCCACGAAUUCGAACUGGGUUUCUUCCGUCCGGGAAAUUCCACCAGCUACUAUGUGGGGAUUUGGUACAAGAAAGUUUCCGUGCGAACCGUCGCCUGGGUCGCCAACGACGAUUUGCCCAUUGAAAGUCCGUCGCCGGUGCUCACCUUCGCCGCCGACGGUAACGUCGUGAUCGUGGAGGGAAGGAUCACUUACGCGGUGACGAAUGCGUCUGCUGGUAGCAACCGGAGCGUCACGCUGCUGGAUAAUGGUAAUCUCGUUCUGCGAGGUGGGAACUCCAGUGCUGUUUUGUGGCAGAGCUUCGACUAUCUUUCGGACACAAUCUUGCCCGGGAUGAAGCUUGGGUAUGAUAAGAGAACUGGGAAAACAUGGUCGUUGGUGUCUUGGAAGAGCUCGGAAGACCCUCGCGCCGGUGCUUUUUCUAUGCAGCUUGAUCCCGAAGGGACGAGUCAGCUUUUCAUCAUGCAGGGGACGAAAAGGUAUUGGACGACUGGGACAUGGAAUGGGCAUGGUUUCAGGUUGGUCCGCGAGGGGGGUUUAGAUAAUUUGGACAAUAUCAGCUUUGUUUCCAACCAGAACGAGACUUACUUGACGUUCUCUGGGUAUAAGGGCAAUGCCGUUUCCAGAAUUGUGCUUGAUAUAUCAGGGCAGAUCAAGCUUCUGACAUGGUCGGAAGAAACCCAACAAUGGAGUUUGAAUUGGUCUCAACCGAAGCAGCAGUGCGAGGUUUAUGCUUACUGCGGGGCUUUUGGGGAAUGCAAUCAGAACUCUAAUCGGUUUUGUGAUUGUAUGCCUGGAUUUGUGCCCCGGUCGCCACAGAAUUGGAGAGUGGGUGGGAUGUCCGAAGGGUGCAUGAGAAAAGUCCACUUGAGCUGUGGUGGAGAUAGGAAUUCGACUGAGGAUGAAGAUGGGUUUCUUCUAAUGUCUCCGGUGAUGCUUCCUGUGGAUCCUGUGCAUCUGGACGUUCAGACGGCCGUUGGGUGCAAAUCGGCCUGCUUGAAGAACUGUUCUUGCUCUGGUUAUGCUUAUGACAGUGAUGGGUGUUCAAUAUGGGGUGGGGAUCUCUUUAAUCUGCAACAGCUCUCAGAGGGAGACCCCAAUGGAAGAGAGUUCAAUAUCAAACUUGCUGGUCCCGAGCUACGUAGUUCAGGUACGAGCAGCAAGAGAUGGUUAUGGAUAGUUUUAACCCCGACAGGAAUGAUAACAAUGCUUGCUGCAGUGUUUAUUGCAUUUCGUAUGUGGAGGAGAAAGUACCAAAUAAUAGGGGAGGAUUUGUUGCUAUUUGACUUCGACAAUAGCCUAGGGUCCAGCGGUCAUGAACACACUGAACCAAAUGACCCAAGGAGAGGUGGUAAAAAGGAAGUGGAGCUACCAUUAUUCAGUUUGGCUAGUGUAUCUGCAGCUACUGAUAAUUUCUCUGAUGCAAACAAGCUUGGAGAGGGUGGCUUUGGACCUGUUUACAAGGGAAAGCUACAAAAAGGGGAUGAGGUAGCAGUGAAAAGGCUCUCCAGAAAAUCUGGCCAAGGAUGGGAGGAGUUGAAAAAUGAGGCAACACUUAUAGCCAAGCUCCAACAUAAGAAUCUUGUGAGACUUUUGGGUUGUUGCAUUGAAAAAGACGAAAAGAUAUUGAUCUAUGAGUAUCUGCCCAACAAAAGCUUGGAUUUUUUUCUUUUUGAUGCUUCGAAACGUGGGAUGCUAGAUUGGAAGACACGCACUCACAUUAUCAAGGGAAUAGCUCAAGGGCUUCUUUAUCUCCAUGAAUAUUCCAGGUUAAGGAUAAUUCAUAGAGAUCUAAAAGCUAGUAACAUUCUGUUGGACAAGGACAUGAAUCCUAAAAUAUCCGACUUUGGAAUGGCACGGAUUUUUGGAGGGGACGAGUCACAAGCAACAAACCGUAUUGUUGGGACUUAUGGUUACAUGUCUCCCGAGUAUGCUAUGGAUGGCCUUUUCUCGGUUAAAUCUGAUGUUUUCAGCUUCGGAGUCUUGUUGUUGGAGAUUCUGAGUGGCAAGAAGAACACUGGUUUAUUUUAUACUGAUGCCCUCAAUCUUCUCGGACAUGCAUGGGAUUUGUGGAAAAUGGGUAAGGAGCUAGACUUGAUGGACCCAGCAUUAGGAGAUGAACCCUCCGCCGAUGAACAGUCGAGGUACAUUAAUGUUGCACUUCUCUGUGUACAAGAACAUGCAGCUGAUCGACCAGCAAUGUCUGAUGUUAUCUCAAUGCUUAGUAAUGAAAAUCAAGUCCUUCUUACCCCUAAACUACCUACUUCCACAAUUAUUAAAAGUUUAAUGGAUUUGGAUUCGUCUACGACCAUGCCAUUGGUUUGUUCAGCAACAGAUGUAUCGAGUUCAGUCACAGAUGCUCCAAUUAUAAUUUGCAGUGCUGAGGCUGAAGCCACCAAUCAUCCAAUCAAAUUUGCCAGCAGUUCAAAUCAUGACAAUUGGUAUUUGAACAUUCAAAUACGGUGGCUGCUUGCUGGUCCACCCUUGAGCUUCAAUCGAGCUUGUUGGGGUUCUCAAAUAAACAUCCCAGAAACUGGGACGCAGUCUUUGAGGACCUGUGAAGGCGAAGAAGUCAUGCAUUUUUAUUUCUUUGCGGUAAUUGUCCAGCGAAUGAUGGCUAUCACCGCCAACGUUUGGAGGAUGAGGCAGCUGUUUGUUCAUCCUGCCUUCUUCUUUUUGUUGGGUUGUUCAUCUGUUCACUUGCAAUUAUCUGGUGCUGCUACGGACACCAUUUUUCGAGGACAAGAAGUCAAAACCUCGCAAACCAUUGUAUCUGCCGGAAAUAUGUUUGAAUUAGGAUUCUUUCAGCCAGGAAGCUCCACAAAUUUUUAUGUUGGAAUCUGGUACAAGAAGUUGUCUCCAAGGACCGUUGUAUGGGUAGCCAAUAGAGAUUACGCAUUCACGAGUGCCUCUGCAGUUCUUAGUAUUGGUGCCGAUGGCAACAUUGCAAUUUCGGUGGGUAACGUCUAUUACAAGGUGACAAAUCUAACAUCGUCGUUGAACAAGAAUGUCAGUGCAACCCUGUCGGAUUCGGGAAAUUUUGUUCUGAGGGAUAACAAAUCUGAUGCUUUAUUAUGGCAGAGUUUUGACCAUCCUUCCGACACUUUUCUGCCCGGAAUGAAGUUCGGAUACAAUAGAAGAACGGGAACGAAUUGGUCAUUUGUGUCUUGGAGAACCCCAGAAGAUCCUCGUCCCGGAGCAUACUCCUUCGCACUUGAUCCUCAAGGAACAAGUCAAGGUUUCAUUUUUAAGGAAUCUAAAGUUUAUUGGACUAGCGGCACCUGGAAUGGGGGUAUUUUCAGCCUAGUGCCUGAAAUGCGUUUAAAUCAUGUUUACAACUUCAGCUAUAUCAGCAAUGAGGAUGAGACCUAUUUCACGUAUGAGCUGUAUGAUCGUUCCAUAAUUUCUAGAUUUGUGAUGGAUGUUUCGGGACAGAUCCAGCAAUUGACGUGGCUGGAAGGCACCCAGUGGAAUCUAUUUUGGUCGCAACCGGGACAACAAUGCGAAGUAUAUGCCUUAUGUGGCCCUUUCGGGGUCUGCAACCAAGAGUCCAUGCCCUUCUGCGGAUGCUUGCACGGUUUUGAACCCCGUUCUCCUAAUGACUGGAGCAAAAGUACGAAUUAUGAUGGGUGUGUGAGGAGAGUAUCACUGCAGUGCGGGGAUACAACUGCUACUAAUGGGGUUGAAGACAAAUUCUUGAAGUUAUUUAGCAUGAAGUAUCCUGUAAACCCUCAAAAUCUAGUAAUUCGGAGUGAUCAAGAAUGUAGGUUGGCUUGUUUGAACGACUGUUCUUGCAGCGCUUAUGCUUACAAAGGCAGCGGCGGGUGUUCAAUGUGGAAUGGAAGUUUGUUGAAUUUGCAGAAACUACCGGAUGAAUACAAGGAUGAUGGUACGAUCUAUAUAAGGCUUGCCGCAUCAGAAUUUGCUGGUUCUAGAGGCAAAAAGAAGCUGCUGCUAUUGGUGAUUGUACCAGUGCUUUUUUUGGCAUUCCUUCUUCUUAGUUCUGGUAUCUGCCGUCGAUGGCGGAAGAGGCUCAAACAGAAAGGAAAGAGGGAAACAAGUCAGGAUCUAUUACUAUUUGAUCCAGGUGUCAGCAUUACAACUACUAAGGAUCAGCUUUCCAGUGAAAAUGUGGCUAGCCGUGGUAAAAGUGAAGAUUCUGGGUUUCCACUAUUUAGUUUUGCUAGUGUUUCAGCGGCCACAGAGGACUUCUCUACGGAAAAUAAGCUGGGAGAAGGUGGAUUUGGGCCAGUUUACAAGGGUAAAUUAUUGAAGGGGCAGGAAGUAGCAGUCAAACGACUUUCUAAAAGAUCUGGACAGGGACUUGAUGAGCUGAAAAAUGAGGCAGUGGUUAUAGCUAAACUCCAGCACAUGAAUCUUGUUAGACUCUUAGGUUGUUGCUUGGAACAUGAUGAAAAGAUACUGAUCUAUGAGUACAUGCCAAACAAAAGCUUGGAUUCAUUUCUUUUUGAUCCAACCAAACGACGUUUGCUAGACUGGGCUACACGUGUUCAUGUUAUUGAAGGGAUUGCGCAAGGGCUUCUUUAUCUCCAUCAAUAUUCCAGGUUGCGCAUUAUUCAUAGAGAUUUGAAGGCUAGCAACAUUCUUUUGGAUAAAGACAUGAACCCUAAAAUAUCAGAUUUUGGGAUGGCAAGAAUUUUUGGAGGCAAUGAAUUGCAAGCAAACACGAAUCGAAUAGUUGGAACCUAUGGAUAUAUGCCCCCCGAGUAUGCUCUAGAAGGCCUCUUUUCAAUAAAAUCCGAUGUGUUUAGCUUUGGAGUCCUAUUGUUAGAAAUUUUGAGCGGCAAGAAGAACACAGGUUUCUAUCAAAGCGAUUCUCUGAAUCUUCUUGGAUACGCAUGGGACUUGUGGAAAAGUAGUAGAGCGCAGGAUUUGAUGGAUCCAGUAUUGGAAGAUCAACCUCCAAAGCACAUGCUGUUGAGAUACAUUAAUGUUGCACUUCUCUGCGUACAAGAAAUUGCGGCUGAUAGACCGACAAUGCUCGAAGUUGUCUUAAUGCUUAGCAAUGAACUUGCAUCCCUACCCUCUCCCAAGCAGCCUGCUUUCUCAUUUGUGAGGACUGCAACAAAUCCAAAUUCACCGAUCCCCAAAGUAUGUUCUAUAAAUGGUGUGACUGUCUCAGUAUUGGAGCCUCGAUAACUGUUCUGGCUUCAGCUUAUAGGUUUUUUAAUUCCAUCAUUUUUCUGUGUUAACAUGUUUAUCUAGUUCCUGUAAUUAGCAAUGUCUAUUGUCAGCUCCUGAUCUCUUCUUUCUAUAUGCUGAAUACCCAAAAGUGUCAAUGAACAAACUCUCCAUCUCAGAUCAGGUAAUUUUGAUAUGAUAUGAUGGAUUAAAA